AUGGCGAGGAAGCAAAAAGAGCAGGUAGCUCCUUCAACUCAGCUCACUGCUACUGUCCCUCCUCCGGCCAACUUUGACACGGAGCUCGACGCUUUCUUCAAAGCUGCACCGCCAGUUCCCGCUCCUACCACUCGCACAGCCACAACGACGGCACUCCCAGCUCCCAGCUCCACAGCUGGUCCCUCAAACCCCAAAAAGCGCAAAGCUGCUCAGCAAACGGUGCAGCAAGAGCCCGAAGCGGACGAAUACCACAGUGACGAAGCUCUUAAAGAGGAGAAUCAAGAUGAUGAUGAUGACGACGAUGACGACGAUGACGACGACGACGACGUAGAGAUGGAAGAGGGCGAUGGAGACUUGUCCAGCGUCGAUGAGUCUCUAGAUGACGAAGGCUCUUUGCUAUACAGUGAGAGUGAACACCAAGACUCGGAAAAGGACGACCAAGAAGAGCAAGACAACAACGAGCCCUACGUCCCACCGCAGCAUGAGUCCGUCACCAACACACAGCCAACUCAGUCUGGAAAGACUCCGAAAAAGACCUUCAAAGAAGAGCACGAGCCGUCCGAGACCCGAGAUCAGCGCACCCUGUUUAUCGGCAACCUCCCCAUCGAGGCGGCUCAGUCGCGUUCCCUGCAGCGCAAGCUCAUCUCUUUCCUCGAGUCCUUCUCGCCCUAUCCCAUGAUCACCAAAGCCCAUGGCCUCCGCUUCCGUUCGGUAGCUUUCUCCGUACCCACAGUUCAUCCCGACCAAGUCAACGACGAAGAUGAGGACGCUGACAAGAAGAAAAAGAAGAAGGGCAAGGCCAAAGAACGAAGCCAGAACUACCGCGAAGCUGUCGCUGCCGUCGAAGGUGGAGACAAUGCACAAGCUCCAUUGACAGCUCAACAGAAGCGCAAAAUUGCCUUCAUCAACAAGGACUUUAACGAAAAGGCCAAGACGGUCUCUGCAUACGUUACCAUUGCCCAUCCCAAAGCAGUGCUCGAUCACCUGUACGACAUUGCACCACGCCAGUCCAAGCCCAAGAGUGCUGCCAAGACCCCAACACAACUCAUUCAGAUCGACCCACGACUCACGGGCUCCGUUCUUGCUGCUCUGAUCGCCUCGUUCGCCGACGGUCAAGACUUCCUAGGCCGUCAUCUGCGUGUCGACCUGGUCAAAUCCAUAUCGCCCGCUGAGGUGCUCUCCUCCGGUCUGGAAAAGGUCAAGACCUUCGAUGCCACGCUCACCGGCUCUACGAGCUCCAAUACGGACCUCAAGAGUACACUCUUCGCCGGCGGACUCGAUUUUGAGGUGGACGAGGAGGAAGUUCGUGCAUUCUUCGAAGCGCUACUCGUCGAGGAGCUUGGCUCGGCCGGCGACGCCGUUACCAUUCCCAUAACCGGUCUCGAUGGUGAGCCAGCAUCCAAACAGCUGCUCGAAUCAUUGUCGCGCGAGUUCCCCUUCAUCCUACCAGAGAAGCGUAAGGCACGCGAGACGGUCACACGCAAUGCCGAGUACGUCCGUUCGGUGCGCCUCAUUCGCGAUGCAGCUACCCAAAUGGGCAAAGGUUUCGGCUACGUCCGCUUUGUCUCGCAGCAGUGCGUUGAUGAAGUCAUGGCCAUCUACAACGCCGAGCAGGCGUUCUUGGAAUCCGUCAAGGGCGUUAAAGGCAGUCUGGGUGCCUCUGCUGCUAUUGCUGCCGGUGGAAAAGAGUUCAAACGUCGACUCAAGCUCAAAGGGCGACCGAUCCGUGUAUCCUACUGCAAGUCUCAGACCAAGACUGGGACGCCUGCGAACCGCAAGAAUCGAGGUGUUGCUGCUAAAGACGACGCUGGACAACAGGAGCCCUCGACGCCUCAGCGCAAGUCGCCUCGCUACGAGCGCUCGAGUGGCGCACCCACACCCAACGGCACAUCGCCUCAUGCGAUUGGAAAGCGUCAAAGUAUGCUUCCUGGAGCAAACAAGAUCGUGCCUGGCAGUCCUAGCUCUUUGCGCGCGGCUGGCGACCCGGCUGAGAUUGCCAAAAAGGCAGAGCUCUACGCCACGCUCACAAAGCAACAGCGCAAGCAGAUGAAAAAGGACGAUGCCGACAGAGUCAACCGUCGCAUGGCGAAGAAGAACAAGAAGCUAGGCGCGACGCAGCCGUCCUUCGGUAAAUUGGACAAGAGUCUGGCUGCCGAGGGAGCUAAAGCCAAGAGCAAAGAGAGGGUCAAACUGAAGCAGCCGGGUGGUGCAGGUGUACACGCAGCUAAGCGCUUCAGGAGCGGUGCAGGCCCCAGUAGCUCUUCCGCUGCAAAACCUCGGCCCAAGCCGAAAAUCUAG